AUGGCUGCUCCACCAAACCUUGAGGAAGGAAAAUCUCAAACAAGACCUCCAAGGUUUAAUGGAAAUUAUUAUGGGUGGUGGAAGACAAGGAUGCCUGAUUAUAUUAUGGAUGAGGACUCAGAGCUUCAGGACAUAAUCUAUUAUGGUUCUUUUGUUCCCAUGAAAACUGAUGCGCAGAGUUCAAAGUCAGUUCCAGAAAUAAGAAAAGAAUACUCUGAAACUGACAGAAAAGCUAUUGAAAAGAACUACAAGGCAAAGAAGAUCCUGAUUUGUGGUAUUGGGCCAGAUGAAUACAAUCGUAUUUCAUCUUGUGGAUUUGCUAAAGUAAUAUGGGAAGCUAUUCAAACAACCCAUGAAGGAACCACUCAGGUAAAGCAGUUCAAAAUAGAUCUGCUUACCGCUGAGUAUUCUUGGGAAAGAAAAGUUAAUGCUAUCACUGAGGCUAAGGACCUGCAAACACUGACUCUUGACGAGCUUAUUGGUAAGCUUAAGACUUGUGAGAUGAAAAGAAAUAAGGAUCUUGAAAGAAGAGAGCCAAAGAAUGAGAAGAGCCAGGUUCUCAAAGCUGCUAAAAGUGACACAAGUAGUGAUGAAUCUGAGAUGGCGUACCUCACUCGAAGAUUUUACAAGAUGAUUCUAAGAAAUGGUGGGGUCCCAAAGAGAGGAAGCUUCAGCAGGAAAUUCAAAGGAAAUGAUUAUUGUCAGAAGUGUGGGAAGCCUGGACACUUCAUCAAAGAGUGUCCUCUACACAAUGAAUCUGAAGAUGGAGAUGAUGCAGGUGAUACAUCCAUGUUGGCUAUUGAUAGUGAAUGUUCUGGAUAUGAGUCAAGCUUUUCACUCAUGGCCAAAUCUAAAGAUGAUGAUGACAAUGAAAAAGAUGAGGCAAACUUUUUUGAUGUGAAGAAAAAUCUGAAAAGUUACUCUCAGAAAAAACUGGUAUCUUUAGAAAAUGUGUUGAUUGAUGCCUAUCAUAGCCUUAUUAAUCAGAAAAAUGCUCUAAGUGAAGAAAUUGAUGAAUUCCAAGUAAGGGAUGAUUUGGUAGUCACUGUUGUAGAUCUAAAGGAGCAAGUUGAAUAA